AAAGGCAAAAGCUUCUGCUUUGCCACUUCCUCUGUUCUUCUUCUUCCUCCCUGUAAAAUCCACAGUAUGAUUCUCCAGAAUUUGCCUUUCAUUUUCUUUGUCUUCUUCACUUUACUCUUCCUCGCCGGAGUUGGCUCAACUCAACCGCCGUUUUCGUGUGAUUCAUCGGACCCGUCAAGUAAAGGUUACCCCUUUUGUCAAACAACUCUGCCCAUUAGUCAAAGAGUCAGGGACUUGGUCUCUAGGCUAACUCUAGACGAGAAAAUCUCUCAGCUCGUAAACUCAGCUCCCCCGAUCCCGCGGCUCGGUAUCCCGGCGUACCAGUGGUGGUCAGAGGCAUUGCAUGGGGUGACUAAUGUCGGCCCUGGCAUCCUUUUCAAUGGGACUAUCCGGGCCGCCACUAGCUUCCCUCAAGUCAUUCUCAUUGCUGCUUCCUUUGAUUCCUAUCAAUGGUAUCGCAUUGGGCAAGUGAUUGGACGAGAAGCAAGGGCAGUGUACAAUGCAGGGCAAGCAAAUGGAAUGACAUUUUGGGCACCAAACAUUAACAUAUUUAGGGACCCAAGAUGGGGAAGAGGGCAAGAGACACCAGGGGAGGAUCCAUUGGUUGCAGGGAAAUAUGCUGUGUCAUAUGUGAGAGGGGUUCAAGGUGACACUUUUCAGGGAGGGAAGCUCAGAGGGCACCUUCAAGCUUCAGCCUGUUGUAAGCAUUUUACGGCUUAUGAUUUGGAUAAUUGGAAGGGUAUAAAUCGGUUUGUCUUUGAUGCUCGUGUUACUUUGCAAGACUUAGCGGACACAUACCAGCCUCCAUUUCAGAGCUGCGUGCAGCAAGGGCGAGCCAGUGGCAUAAUGUGUGCUUACAACAGAGUGAAUGGAGUCCCAAACUGUGCAGAUUCAAAUCUCUUGUCCAAGACAGCAAGAGGGGAAUGGCGUUUCAAAGGGUACAUAACAUCAGACUGUAAUGCAGUUGCCAUCAUCCAAAAUAAUCAAGGAUAUGCUAAAUCACCAGAAGAUGCUGUCGUUGAUGUCCUUAAAGCUGGCGUGGAUGUCGAAUGUGGAUCCUAUUUGCGCAAAUAUACCAAAUCAGCCGUGGAGCAGAAGAAACUGCCUGAAUCUGAAAUAGACAGAGCUCUUCAUCACCUCUUCUAUGUAAGGAUGAGGUUAGGCCUUUUCAAUGGAAAUCCAAUUCAACAGCCUUUUGGCAACAUUGGUCCUGACCAAGUCUGCUCCCCAGAGCACCAGAUACUAGCCCUUGAAGUUGCCCGUAAUGGCAUUGUCCUUUUAAAGAAUGAUAAAAAGCUCCUUCCGCUUCCAAAAUCGACCAUGUCGCUUGCUGUGAUAGGCCCCAAUGCUGAUUCCCCACAAACACUUCUUGGAAAUUAUGCAGGCCCUCCAUGCAAGUCUGUCACUCCAUUGCAAGCACUGAGAAGUUACAUUAAGAACGUUGUCAACCAUCCUGGUUGUGACACCGUUUCAUGUUCCUCUGGUUCAAUUGACAAAGCAGUAGACAUAGCAAAAGGAGCAGAUCAUGUUGUGUUGAUCAUGGGACUAGACCUAACGCAAGAAAGGGAGGAGCUUGAUCGCAUUGAUCUGGUGCUUCCAGGAAUGCAACAGGAACUCAUUAACAAAGUCGCAAAAGCUGCAAAGAAGCCAGUGAUUUUGGUGAUUCUAUCCGGAGGUCCUGUUGAUAUUUCUUUUGCUAAGAAUGAUCCAAGCAUCGGAAGCAUUUUGUGGGCUGGUUAUCCAGGACAAGAUGGAGGGGUUGCGCUUGCAGAAAUAAUCUUUGGUGAUCAUAACCCUGGAGGAAGAUUACCAAUGACUUGGUAUCCACAAGAUUUUGUUAAAAUAGCAAUGACAGACAUGCGGAUGCGCCCUGAAUCAUCUUCAGACUAUCCUGGACGGACUUAUAGAUUCUAUAAAGGCGAUACAGUCUUUGAAUUUGGUUACGGCCUCAGCUACUCCAAGUACACUUAUGAGUUCAAACGCAAACCCCUAAACACUCUUUACCUAAACCAGUCUUCAACGAUGGAGAUAGCUACAACCUCAGACUCAGUUCGUUACCUGUUGGUCUCUCAGUUGGGUCAAGAAGCCUGUGAUAAAAGAAAGUUCUCAGUAAUUGUAGGAGUGCAAAACCAUGGGGAGAUGGCAGGCAAGCAUCCAGUCCUGCUGUUUGUGAGGCAGGGAAACCAUGGCAAUGGAAGGCCAAAGAAGCAGUUGAUUGGCUUCCAGAGUGUGAUUCUGAGUCCAGGGGAAAUGGGUGAAAUAGAAUUUGAGGUGAGCCCUUGUGAGCACCUAAGCAUGGCUAAUGAAUACGGUUUGUUAGUGCUGGAAGAAGGAACACAUUGGUUGGUUGUAGGAGAUGACAAGCAUCCGAUCACUAUUAAUAUUUGAUUUGGUAUCCAAAUUACUAGCUUUGAAUAUUGUUUACCUUUGCCCCUGGAAACAUGGGCUCCAGGUUCCCAUAAAAAAAAAAUGUUAUUCAAUGCAUGAGACACAUGAUAUGUGAUAUCUUAUUAUGUAUUCAGAGAAAAAUCUAAUGCAUAAUUUACUCUUCUCUCUAGGCAUCUAUAAUGUGUUCUGGAGAAAAAUGUUUCCCACAAAACUCAACCUCCAGUUCUAAAAUCAAAUCAAAUCAAAUCAGAAUU